UUUGUAUGAAACCGCCCAUUUCUCGUUUGAAAAUCGAGCCGCUUUGGUCCUCCCUCUUCGUUUCUUUUCUUUCACACUCAGAGACCAUCGCCAAACCCUUUCAUUUCAAGGUUAGGUAUGCCGGAAUCACGAGACAGACGGCUACAGCCUGUGGACAUUGCGGCAGUAUUCAGUCGCCAGAGAUCUGGUGCUAUUGGCAUGGUCGAUGAUGAGUUGGAAUCAGCUUUAUUUCGAUCCACACCGAGUCGAGAAAACACUAUCUGGACGGCCUCGGGCCAAGCCGCCGGGUUGGGAGUUAUGCGAGCUGGGGGGAACGUCAGCGGCGGUUUUGUUAAUUCGAGAACCGGUUCACCUACUGCGGACCGGAACAGUCCGUCUUGGACUGAUCGGCGGGUAAGGAUCCGACCAUCGCGGAGCGUGCUACCUUCUUGGUACCCAAGAACUCCUCUUCGUGACAUCACUGCUGUUGUGAGGGCAAUUGAAAGGAGAAGAGUUCGCUUGCGAGAAAGCCGAGGCCAGCAACCUACGAGUCCAUCUCCAGCUGAUCAAUCUCUUGCAAACUCUCCAAAUCCAACCAAUGGUCACAAGCUCCGGACACCUGCUGGCAGUAAGUUCCCAAAACUUUUACUUGAUAUCACAAAUCAGUCCGAUGAAAGAUCAGAAUUUCUAACACCACAGAAGAAACUCCUUAACUCCAUUGAUAUGGUUGAGAAAGUUGUGAAAGAAGAAUUGCAGAAACUAAAGAGAACACCAAGCGCGAAGAAGGCAGACAGAGAAAGAAGAGUUCGCACUUUGAUGUCCAUGCGCUAAUUUUGAGGUAUGCUAUAUUCAUAGUGGGACUAUUGAGCUGGAAUUGGAGAAGCAAGCAAGACCUUACUGCGUGAUUUAUCAUCCUCUGAUGAUACUUUAGACCUCGUUUUUUCAGUUGGAUAGUAAUCAGUUUCGUGUGCGUUCUAACAUUCUUGCUGAACGUCUUGGAGCAAGAUUAGUAAGCACAUACAUUUGGUCCUUGAUAGGUUGGGGUAAGGAUAGUACGUAUCAUUCAGUCAAAAAUGUACAUAAAGCGUCGGAUUUCCAUUUUCAUGGCAGUACUUGAGAAUGAGAACUUUACUUUGUACCGUUACGUUAGCUACCAAUUAUGACCAGAAAUUGUUCUUUUGUACCGUUAAAUCACCAGAAUUGUCAUCUAGCUCCACUCAA